AUGGAAAAAGGCAUUUGUAGUCCCAUCAGGGAACUUACUAGAGGAACCAAAUCCAAAAUAAAGGUGCAUGUUCUUAAAAAAUGGGAAAACAUAGAUUUCAACACGCAUGAAGUGCUAAGUCUGGAUAUCACACUCAUCGACGAGGAGGGAGAUCAGAUACACGCUAGCAUACCAAAAGACUACAUGUCUAUCCAUGGACCAAAACUAACAGAAGGAGAAGCGUUUUACAUAGAGAACUUCGACAUUGGAGAUCCUCUAGGAUUUCAUCGUCCCGUGGUGAAUGAAAAAAAAAUGAUCUGGAGAUGUGAUACUUUUUUCAAGAAAGCUAACGAAAAAAUGUCAGUUAUACCGAAAUUCAAGUUCGCUUUUAUGGAGUUUGAAGAUGCAAAAUCGAGGUUCACUGAGAACAACAAACAUCUGAUAGAUGUUAUUGACAGACUAACAAUACUGGGUAGAAAGAAACAAAUUUUAAGAAAAGAUGGACAUGAAACUACUCUGAAAGAACUGACGAUAGAAAACACAAGGGGAAUGUCUAUGCGGGUCUCACUGUUUGGUAAUGCUUCUGAACAAAUCAGUGAGGAAAUUGCGGGUGAUCCUGAAACAAUAGUAAUUAUAAUUAUAGCAUCAGCAUGUUUGAGAAAAUUUGGUUUUUUAUCCACUAGCAUAUGCUUAGUUCCUGUAGAAGAUGUUGCAUUAGUUCCUGGAGAAGAUGUUGCUGCUUGGUCCUCUUCAAAUAAGGAUUAG